GGAAAAUUUUCGCAGAUGCAAAUGACACCUCAAGUCAACAUCUGUCUCGCUCCAUUUGCACAGAACACCUCUUGUGUUGAUGACCGAAAAUCCCUCGUGACCAUAACACACAACUCAGAGACUGGCCGCGAGCAAUAUGGAAAAAACUUCUCUAUCAGGGAAGGCUCAACAGAUGGUUCAUGUCUAUGGCACGUCGAUUGAUAGAAACAUCCAUGAAGAAUCAGCCAUCCCCCGAGACAUGACUGAUUGUCUAUCAAAGGGGCAGUCAGGCAGACACCGGCACAUUUGAUGAUGUAUCGUUGUCUGUCCGUCCGUUGGUAUCCCAUGAAGGCGUAGACAGCCCGCAAUCAUGAAAACAUCCAUGCCACACACCUUCACACGGGGCGAGCGGAGUCUCAGCCCCUUGUGAUGCGUUUCUUAAGAAUGCCGGUAGUCAUUUCGCGUGUAUGAAGCCGACAAAUCGGCCUUGCGGACAACCGGAUAAAUGCAGGUCGCGCCGAGCGAUUAUCGACCUCGGGCGCCCGAACGCUGUUCUUUCUGCGGUGUCCCAGAUGGGCUCUGACGUUCGGCCCGAGCGUAUCGGGUCUCCUUCACCGGUUGAGUCAGACAAUCGACAGCACGGCGUGUGUUCCAGAAUGAUUUGGGCAUGACGCUGUCCGCUUUGCACCGGUGACUGUACUUGGCUGCAAUCUGACGGACCUGCAGCAACGAGGAGGGAGAGGUGAAUACCACACGCGAGAGGCACAAUUGAAAGGAGAGAGAGGGAUGCAACGUUUACCUCUUCUAGUAGCCCUUCAUCGAGUGUGAUUGGGUCGAGUCCCAGGAUGCGAAACUUCCGGUUCGACACUUCCAGCUCAUUCUCGGGCGCCUCUUGUCUGCAGACGAAGACGGGCAUCAGUGCAACAAGAAAGUCUGGGUUGAGCUGCGAGUCAUGUCACCUUGGGUUGGCAAGGUAUGCAACUCGUCCGCCGGUCUUGCUGGCGAUCAUUUCUGCCAAAUCUCGCACACGAAGUGUUUCAGCAACCUGGACGUUCAAUGAGUGACAAUAUACCGUGUGUGCAAUGCGUAUUGACAUGACGUGUACCUGAUUCAGUAUCUCGACUGGCUGUCCAUGCUUCGGUGGGUUGAUGAGUGCCAGUUCAAUGCAUCGGCAUGUGUCCCUGAUGUGAAUGAAGGCUCGCGUCUGGCCUCCAGUGCCGUACACAGUGAGGGGAAUGCCCAGGGCUGACUGCAUGAGGAAGCGAUUCAGCACCGUGCCGUAGUCACCAUCAUAAUCAAACCUGCGCUCACACAGCAAAAUCAGCCUAUCACUCGAAAUACGACCAGCGCUUCACACAAUCAUACCUGUUGACCAACCGCUCGUCUUUGAGGGUCUGAUCGGUGUUCGUCCCCCACACGAUGCCCUGAUGCAGAUCCGUGACUCGGAGACCAUCGUUCUUAUUGUAAAACUGGAACAGCAGUGCAUCCAGACACUUAGUGGCAUGGUAAAGGGAGCCAGGAUACGCAGGGUGGAGGAUCUUGCCCUCUCGACCGCCAGGUAGGAUGACGUCGAUGUAGCCCUCAGGUAUCUCCCCACCAGAUGUACCAUAGCCGUAAACACCCAUAGUCCCGAGAUGCACGACGUGAAUGUCCAACCCAGAGUCCACUAUGGCGCACAGCACAUUAUGGGUGCCGGAAAUGUUGUUGUCGAUUGUGUAGCGCUUUUGUCGUGCUCCUUUCAUCGAGUAGGGCGCCGCCCGCUGCUCGGCGAAGUGGACGAUAGAGUCUGGUUUCUCUUUUUUCAGCAGGUCCACCAGCUCCUGGUAGUGUUGCUUGACGUCAAUAUUGACGAACUUGAUAUCCCGACCCGUCACUUCCUUCCACGCCUGCAGCCGCUUGUCAAUCGGCUCGAUGGGGGUGAGAGACGAAGUGCCGAGCUCGUUGUCAAUGUCCCUUCGUGAGAGGUUGUCCACGAUGAUGACGUCAUGCCCUCGCUCCGACAGAUAGAGGCUCGUCGGCCACCCGCAGAAACCAUCACCACCCAAGACUACCACUUUCUUGCGCCGAUCCUGAGGGUCCGGUUGAAACUGGCUUGUGCUGAAUUUGCCGUCUGCUGAUCCGAUGAGUGACGCAACCUGGCGGGGAGGGCUUACAUCCCAUCGGUUUCCCUUCGCCGCCGCGCUUCGUUUUCCAAACCAGGAGGAUAGACCGCAUGUGGUUUGCGCAAGGAGGAAGACAAUGAGAAGGAAGAUCCUAAGGACAGCCAUGUAGGUUGGGGAAGAAGGGGGGAGGAGCAUUG